UCUCGCAGUCAGAGCAUCCUUCCGUCAUGGCGUCUGUUUGGGCUAAAUCCUUCGUUAACCUGCCGGUCCUGUCUGUUUUCUUCCUCUUGCUGCUAUGUCUACCACCCGGGGGAGGACAAAAGAAGAAGGAGAAUAUGCUGUCGGAGAAGGUUGACCAGAUGAUGGAGUGGUCCUCUCGGCGUUCCGUCGUGCGGAUGAACGGGGACAAGUUCCGUCGCUUUGUCAAGGCCCCACCCAGGAACUACUCUGUCAUCGUCAUGUUCACUGCUCUGCAGCCUCAAAGACAGUGUUCUGUCUGCAGGCAGGCGAAUGAGGAGUACCAGGUCCUGGCAAACUCUUGGCGUUACUCAUCUGCAUUUUCCAAUAAGCUCUUCUUCACGGUAGUGGACUACGAUGAGGGAGCUGAUGUUUUCCAACAGUUGAACAUGAACAGCGCUCCAACCUUCAUGCAUUUCCCGGCUAAGGGAAAGCCCAAGAGAGCGGAUACGUUUGACCUGCAGAGGAUUGGCUUUGCUUCCGAGCAGCUGGCCAAGUGGAUCGCAGACCGCACAGAUGUUCAGAUCCGUGUCUUCCGCCCCCCAAAUUAUUCGGGGACUAUUGCGCUGGCUCUGUUAGUGUCGCUGGUUGGAGGUCUGCUGUAUCUGAGGAGGAACAACUUGGAAUUCAUAUACAACAAGACUGGAUGGGCUAUGGCUGCCCUGUGUGUAGUUUUUGCGAUGACAUCUGGUCAGAUGUGGAAUCACAUCAGAGGUCCUCCAUACGCCCACAAAAACCCCCAGAAUGGACAAGUGAGUUAUAUUCAUGGCAGCAGUCAGGCUCAGUUUGUGGCGGAGUCUCACAUCAUCCUUCUCCUGAAUGCUGCAAUCACCAUGGGGAUGGUGCUGCUAAAUGAGGCUGCCACCUCCAAGGGAGACGUCGGCAAGAGAAGAAUCAUCUGCCUGGUUGGCCUUGGCCUGGUGGUGUUUUUCUUCAGCUUCCUGCUCUCCAUUUUCAGGUCCAAGUACCAUGGAUACCCCUACAGCUUCCUUAUCAAGUGAAAAAAAAAAAAGACAGAAGAGAGGUCAGAGGAUGGCGAUGAGGCGGUAGGUGAGGAGAAGAGGAGUCGAGAAGAUUCUUGAAGAGGAGGCAGCAUCAAUAUUCAGUCUUUUUUUUUUUUUUUUUUUUUUUUUUAUCGACUCCUAUAAUCACCUCGGCAAGUUAAAUAGAAAAUAAAUUAUUCCUUCUUACACUGGAAAAUGAAGGUGUUUGGCAUGUCUUUUGUAUUUUUGCCAUUUGUUUAUGGUUCCUUUCAUCUGUUGAAUAUUCGGUGUGACUAGAUAGUACAUGUGACUGUGGUGUGGUGUUUUUAAUCCAUGUAUUUGAUUGUAUUUAUAAAAAAACUAUGUUGCAGGUGAGAAUAAGAGACAACUGAAGUCAUUGAGCGUGAAGUGAAGCAGCAGGACAGAAAGAGGUUUACGUGAUCAAAGUUGAGCACAGAGGCAGAGAACUAGUUUCUUCAUAAGUUAUUAGGAAGGUGUAAAAUCUCUAUAAAUGACAUUUUCUCCAGGUACUUCAGGUCACAUCUUUGUCUCUUUAUAAUGACGACACAUGCAGCUUUCAAAGACAAAGGUGGUAAUCCCCAACUGGUAAAUUCCUGCUUCAGCUUCUUCAGUUUCACGGUGCUAAUAUAUGAAUAGCCCAACAAUGAUCAAUCAUUUAUCACAUAGGUCGUAGGGAUUUCUCUGUUACACUUCAUGUUUACACCUUCUGGUGCCAGACUCUAUGGUGGUUGCUUUAGAGUUGAUGGACCAGUACCAAAAAAAUAUUUAUUUUCCUGUCUCCAUCCCUGUAAUCUCUUCAUAUUAUGUGUCUGCAAAAUAAAUGCAUCUAAAACCGUGGGUUUGAGGUUAUGCAACAAUUGUAGUCAUACUUUAACAAUUGUCAAUAUGAAACGGGGAACAAACCUUAGUUGUGACUCUUAGACUCCACCUCCCGUCUUACUUUACGUUUUGCUGCACUAAAUGAACAUUCACUUAUCUCCGCACUGGCACCGAUCUUAAAUCACUAAUGCAAAAAUAGUAGCACAUGAAUUGAGUUUACAGAAGGCUUGCUGCGAGUGCUUUAACUUUUCUUGCAGAAUGUGAGAAUCAUAGGUCAUUUAGAGAAUACAUACAUUUCUAAUUCUUUCCCUUGUGGACUGCCCACUAAAACACUGAGUGGGCUGGAGCAUUGAAACCACUUAUGUAACCUUUCUUUGCGUGGGCAGACAGAGGAAUGGUGCUGCACAUCGACCACUUUUGACAAAUGUAAUAAAAAUAUUCCCUCUCAGA